AUGAAAAUAAUAACUGAUCAAAAGCAUUCAUCAGAUAGUACACUUAACGUGCCAGAAGAUACCAGAUAUAUAGAAAAAAUUGCUAAGUUAUUUGGAUUAGACGAGCAGAAUAUAGAAGUAUAUAAAGUGCUUUUUGGACAGAUUUGGGAGCUCGAAAAAAAAUUAAAAGAUUAUUAUUCCAAAUAUGAAAAGCUUAAAAGGAGG